CUAUUUUACCUGCCUUGAAUCGCAGACCGAUUCCGGUGUGCUGCCUUACGCCCACAACCCGAGUUUAAUUAACUCGGCCAGACUCCAGGUUCUUAACGCCCAGAAGUUACCAAACUGCCCCUCCUCUCUCCCUCCCGGGCCUAUAAAUCGAGGCCAACCGGCUCCCAUCUCAGUUUACCGAAACCGGCAGGGCAGCGAACCACCGGAGCUCAACUGACAUACCUAAGCCAUCGCCCCCUCCUGAGUCCCAACUGCUCCACCUGACCUCCCUCCUCUAAUCUCUCAUCAUGUCGACGGCAGCUGCAUCCCGGCCCAGUGGCCCCGUCCUUCUGAGCCCCUUUCCCAACUACCAAUCCGCCUCGCUCUCCCGUCUCAAGCUCUCCGCCGCCGGCUCGCCGGUCAAGUCCGUCAGCGUCUCGUCUCGCCCCUCCUCCCCCACCGCCGCCCCCAAGAUCCGUCGCUCGUGCAUGUGCUCCCCGACGAACCACCCGGGCUCGUUCCGCUGCAGCCUCCACAAGGAGCGCAAGCAGGAGGCCCCGGCCGCCGGCAGCAUCAGCAGGCCCGUCUCCCCGCCUUCGCCGCCGUCCAAGGGCACGGCGAGCCCGUUCGCGCAGCUCGUCCCCAGCGGCAGCGGCUGCGCUAAACGCUCGUACAGCGGGCUGGCGCAGCGCGUCCCCAUUGGGAGCGGGCACUGGGCACGCAAGGCGCUCGUGCCGUCCCCCGCGGCGCAGCAGCUGCAGCACCGGAAGCGAGUGGUGGAGCGGUUCCACGCCGGGCCCAGCCGGCUCUCCGCCGCCUCCAUGGUCGGCCGCGGCAACCAGUAAAAAAACAACUUCGUCGACAUGCCAUAGCAGCAAAGAUACGUACAUACUGCACAAAAACUGUACAUAGGAAAGAAGUUCCCCGAAUAAUCCCGUUCGCUGUAUAGAAGGAAGAUCGGUGGGGAUCAGUUGGAGUUUUAAGACCCAAUUCGAUUCCGGGCUGGUCAAUUAGCUAGCCAGUAGAUACUGUACAUACAGUGAGCCUCAUCUUCCUCACUGCUCCGCUGCACAUAGAGUGAGUUCGUCGUCUCUGCUCCACUUGUAAUAUAGAGUGAGCUCUCGUCCUCUCUGCCCGUUGUGUAUAGCCUUGAUUUUGGUUCUGGAUAUACAUCAAUACAUCAUGAGUGAGAAAUUGGAGACACGCAUA